AUGUCCGACCAGACAGGUACACUUGUUCCGCCUUGCACAGCGGCAGAAAAGAGCGCCCAGCCCGCUCUCACAGCCGAGCAGGUCCUCAGAGAUUAUCUCAAGAAGAACAGUCCCAGGUACCGAGAGCUCUGUGAGAUUCGCAAAGAGGUAAUAAUACAAGUUUGCCACAAUUUCGUCAAUGGCUGCCUCUCCUCUUCCCCCAUCCCAGCCUUCGCUAACCAGAGACAGGUCUCGGAGGAUACGGCUGCAGAUGAAGAAUAUGCACGCAGAAGAUUUCAGAAAACUGUCAAACCGCAGACGCGACAACAGAAAGCCUACCUCGACGCGGACUACGAGGCCUGCAAUGACCUGAAUGAUUACAAGCAGAUAUUCAAAAUCCUCAAAGCAAGUAGCGACCCUUCUGUGUUGGACAUGGGCAUUGCACAGGGCGGUUUCGCAAAAAGCGUCCUGAAUCGCUGCGGCAACGUCAAGGUCAAGGGCAUCUCGAUGCCGUCAGAAGAAGGGGGACCGUCAGUUCUCUUCAAACACAAACGUUUGAGUGUGGUGUUUCAGAAUGUCGGCAAGCCGGCAGGACACCCGGGAGAAUCCAGCGCCAUCCCUGACAAGCACCCAGCGGCGAAACCUCCCACGCUGGAGACGCUGCUCGAGACUGACGAGUUAUAUGACCUCGUAUUCUGCCACUCCAAACCAGUGAGAGGCGCCAGGUCAAAUCAAGGGUCCGAGGGAAACGAGCAACCGGCCGAAAAGGAGCCGGGACAAUCCAACAUCAGAGGAUCAUGGAACAAGAGCCGCGAUUGCAGACGCCUCAGGCUAGCUGAGCUCGUCAUUGGCAUGGAGCACCUCAAGGACAACGGGACCAUGGUCGUGUCAAUGCGCAAGCUAGACACGCUAGACACCGCCUUGUUAAUCAAGUGCUUCAAAGGCUUCUCCAAGGUGAGCCUCUUCAAGCCCGAGAAAAGUCAUCAAAAAACGGCGUCGUCUUUCCUGGUUGCGCAAAAUAUCCGAACUCGCGGCGAAAAGGCCGCCCAGGCGAUCAGGGCUUGGAAUGAAGAGUGGCAAGGCAUGAUUCUGAAAGACGCCGGCGUGGCAGCGGGAGGGAGUGAGGAUUGUGCCGACGAGGUGGUUGAGAAUGCGCGCCAGCUUGUGCAAGAGUUCGGAAAGACGCUGGUGAAUGUGACUAGAGUACCUUGUUCCGUUCAGGCAAGGGCCUUGAGGCUAUUUUUGGAAAUGGCCCAAAAAAGGAGUUCGAGGAGAGCAGCCCAUUUAAAUCAGAAGCGGAGACGAAGGCCUCUUGUUGUAGAGUCGGUGGGCAGCACAGCUAUGCCAUAG